GGCGGGAGCGCCGCGCCCCUCAGCGCGGAGCCGCCAUGUCCGUGGCGUUCGUGCCCGAGCGGCUGCGCGGCAAGGCGGAGGUGAACCAGGACACGCUGCAGCGGCUGCUGGAGGAGAACGACCAGCUGAUCCGGUGCAUCGUGGAGUACCAGAGCAAGGGCCGCGCCACCGACUGCGUGGAGUACCAGCAUAUCCUGCACAGAAACCUCAUUUAUUUAGCUACAAUUGCUGAUGCCACUCCACCCAGCACGCAGAAGCCUGUAGACUGACUGCAACACCUGGACGGGAGCAGUGCCGCUUUCAGAGGCGGUAGAAAUAGUUUAGAGUCCCACUUUGAGAGCCAAGGGUGGGUUUGAAAAAAGCAGGUAAAAAGUGAUCUGUACUUCUGUGUUUAAAAUGUGAAUGUAGUUUUUAGUGCAGUUUUAGGCCAGCUUUUCCUGUUACUAACACAGCUUAAGAAUGGUAAUUAUCACAUUCCCUUUUGCCUCUGAAAAAAUUAUUGAGUGUACUUCUGGGAACAGCACAGUUGUCAGGACAGCGCUGUGGGAAGCAGAGCCCCUUUCAUGAGUAAGGUUCUGUGGUAACAUGGUAAAUGCUAUGCUAGGUGACUCCUACCUCUAGCCUGACAAAGUCAGGCCUGUGUUCCAUAUAUAAAAGCAGUAAACUCUUUUGUAUCCUGUAGCAGAACAAUUGUGCUAAAUAAACUAAAGAUGUUCUUUGUAAA